AAAUCCUUUUUUAAAUUUGUUAUGACGCAUCAAUUCCACGAACAGUGACCACAAUGCUUUGAGCCGUCGCACAAAAAACAUGUCAACACAGUAAUUGGAUUAGUCUUAACAUACAGCUGUUUAUGAUAUCAAUGAUGGAAGCCUACCCAUCCAAUCUGCGAUACGCCCAGGACAGUAUAUCUCGGAAGUUUCGCGAUGGCAGAACGCUGGAAGAAUCUCUUGAAAGCCUGCUCGAUGAGACCAACCCAGCGAGCGCACUGCCACCAAUGGACGUGAUGUACCACGGCGGCCAUUACUAUGUGAGUGAUGGGAAUCGGCGACUGUUUCUGCUUAAACUCCUCCAGUCAGAACGACUGGUUGGUAAAGUGAAGGUUUACCUAACUUCUUUUAACGAGUUCAAGUUCACGACCGUUAACGAGGGAGUGUCGGUUACAGUGCGAGGUCCUCGAAAUAUAAAAAACCGUCUACGAGCGAUAAUACAGAAUCGACGUAGGCCCGCCUCAGUAUACAGCGACUUCAACUUACGUCUGGAGUCUCCCACAUUCAGAGCUGUCAGCUCUCCAAGUGUCCACACAACACGAGGCACCACUCGCCAGAGUUCCGUGUACUAUUCAGAAUCCACCACGUCUGACGAAGACCUGUUUAGGCCAUAUUUUGAAUCAGCUGAAACAUCUGCGAGAUAUACUCCUAGUAUGUAUAGAGAACCAAAACGACCACCAACGCCAGAAAAAAGUUCAUCAUGGGGCUGCACAAUACUGUAAUAUCUGCACUGAGUGUUUGCCGCUGUUUUGUUGGAGGAGGUGCAUAUUACAAAUGAUAUCCAAAACUACAGUUCUUAAAUUUUCGCAAUUCCCUGCAGGAUGAGAAAUACAGGACUACUACCUGACAUUCCUUCGCCAUUGGUAUAUUAUACAAACAGCAUUGUUAUGAUAGCUCUUCAGAAAUUAAGAUUUCCAAACGUUUUAACUACGGCACUGUUAAACUGGCACUAUUUCUGAAAGGCAUCAGAGUCGGUCUGCUACCAGAUAUGACUGUGAUUGUAAUUAAAAUAAAAUAACUACACUGUACAUGUAUGCCAAGACGUGUUAGCUACCAGAUAUGACUGUGGUUGUAAUUAAAAUAAAAUAACUCACUGUACAUGUAUGCCAAGACUUGUUAGCUACGAGAUAUGACUGUGGUUGUAAUUUGAAACAAAAUAACUACACUGUACAUGUAUGACAUAACGAGUUAGCUAUCAGAUAUUAUAUAUCAAGAACUAACUUUGCCAGAAAAUCUUUAUUAGUGGAUGAAUUAAUGAAUGAAUGACAUCUGUAGUGUAGAUGACUAAAUACCAUGUGGAUAUACUAGUUCUUUUGUGAUAACUUAUACAUGUACAUUUGUUGAUAUUUAUUCCUCCCUUGCAACUGUGUUUAAAACAUGUUUGUAUUAUAUAUAGAGACACACACAUGGAUACAUGUUCGAUGUGGUUUGCCUCGUGUUUUGUGCUUAUUGAAAAUGUGUGAAUCGCUGUCUGUUGAUGCGUAUUCUUGUUAAAUCAAAGCAUGUAAAGACAAUAUUAAAAAUGUUACUUUUGUU